CGGGCCGGCAGCUGCACAGGGAACCGCGGCCGAGCCCGAGUUCCCGGGCGGCGAGCGAGCAGCAGGGCGCGAGCAAGGGCCGGCGCCAUGGCGGGUGGACAUGAACCCUAUAUUGAAAUAUUUGAGCAACCCAGGCAGCGAGGCAUGCGCUUCAGGUAUAAAUGUGAAGGACGAUCCGCAGGUAGCAUUCCAGGAGAACAUAGUACUGACAACAAUAAGACAUUCCCUGCUAUACAGAUUGUUAACUUUUUUGGAAAAGUGAAAAUAAGGAUAACAUUAGUAACAAAGAAUGAGCCCUACAAGCCUCACCCUCAUGACCUGGUUGGAAAAGACUGUAGGGAUGGCUACUAUGAAGCUGAAUUUGGACCAGAGCGCAGAGUCAUAUCUUUUCAGAAUUUGGGUAUUCAGUGUGUAAAGAAGAGAGAGCUGAAAGAUUCCAUUUCUUUAAGAAUCACAAGAAAGAUCAAUCCCUUCAAUGUGCCUGAAGAGCAGCUGCUCAAUGUCGAUGAGUAUGACCUCAACGUGGUGAGACUCUGCUUUCAGGCUUUCCUCCUUGAUGAUCAGGGCAAUUGCACGUUUGUACUUCCUCCUGUGAUCUCCAACCCUAUUUAUGACAACAGAGCUCCCAACACUGCAGAGCUGAGAAUUUGUCGCGUGAAUAAGAACUGUGGAAGCGUAAAAGGGGGAGAUGAAAUAUUUCUAUUAUGUGACAAGGUUCAAAAAGAUGACAUAGAAGUUAGGUUUGUCUUGAACGAGUGGGAAGCCAAAGGUACCUUCUCGCAAGCUGAUGUACAUCGCCAAGUUGCUAUCGUAUUCAGGACACCACCAUUUUACCAGGACAUCGCUGAACCAGUUACAGUAAAGAUGCAGCUGAGAAGACCUUCUGACCAGGAAGUCAGUGAACCUAUGGACUUCAGAUAUCUACCAGAUGAGAAAGAUCCUUACGGUAAUAAAGCAAAAAGGCAAAGAUCAACAUUGGCUUUGCAAAAGCUCAUGCAGGACUGUGGUUCGAAUGUGUCUGAGAGGCCCAAAACAACUCCUUUCCGAGUUAUUGCUGGUGAUGGGAGGAUAAUUAAGGAAGAACCAGUCCCAUUUUCACAAACUUCAUCGCUAAUCUCAGUAUCACGAGUUCCAGGAAGCAGCAGUCAAGUUCCGUCCUACUAUCCCUCUGUCCAGCAUCAACCUAGAAAUGUGCCAGCAAUGGGGCCAAUUAAGCAUGAUGAUACCCUUUCCUCAUGCUGGCAUUCCCAAUGCCCCUCCUCUUCCUCAGGAAACCCAAUGAAUAUGCACCCACAGAACAGUUUUGGGACAGAGGCAUUGCCUGCUAACUCACAAAACAGCAGUUCUCUUUCAGUUCUGCAGGAGAACAUUCCCAACUGGACAGACGAGAAGGAGCAAAACUUCUACAGCAAUUUCAUCAGCACAAAUGGUAUGGGAACAUCAUUCAUGCCACAGCGUGACAUGCAGCAUGUCUCCAGCAGUAGCAGCCAUCAGGCUCACCCUAUAAAUGUCACAGCACCCAGCAUUGUUAACAUGGAGACUGAUGACAUAAGAUGCUCCAGCAUAAACUUUGAAAAGGCCUCAUUUAGUCAAGAUUUGAAUCUAAGUGAUCACAGGCGGCAGAUCCAUCAGAUGCCUCUUACGAAUACAUCUGCAGUAGCUUCUUGCAGCACUUCUUUUAAUUCUCCAUAUGCAUUUGAUCCAACAGCUUACACGUUUAUGGACCCAGGAGUUCUGAAUGAAGUGAGAUCAUCCAGCAGUGCUAUUCAGAAUAAUCAGAAUGGGAUUCCAAGUAACCCGUACUACAUUACAGAUGGGGCGCAGGGAGAUGAUGUUUAUAACUCCUCAGAAGUUAAUUUUGAUGCUCUACUGAAAAGCUUUGAUCACUGCAGUCAGGUUGAAAAUUAGCAUCAAAUUUUUCUUAACAACCAAUCACCAACAGAAGAAAAAUUUUAUCUGUAGUGGCAUAUUCACCCUCAUACUUCCUCCUAACUUCCUGUUGGAACAUUCAUUCGCGCAACCUACUAUGCAAGUUUAAUAUGCAGUUAGGGUUAGUGAUGCCCCAGAAAAAGAAACACUUUUGAAAUAGGGUUUUGUAUAUCAAAAGUGCUUCAUAUCCAUGUCAUGGUGUUGGAAAAGGGCUGCUAGCCCUAAAGGGCUCCUUCAUUCAUGUGGAACUUCAUAUGGAAGUAUGUUUCUUCAGGGGGGUUGGCUUGUUCAGAAAUAAAUUUGUUUUUGUAAACUUUUAAUGUAAGGUGAGAGAGAUUAGCAAAUCAUGGGCUUCUGAGCUGAAUAAUCGUAUUUAUGUCCUUUUAGCACUUGAACUAUUUAGAUCAUAGGUGUCUAACUCAUCUAGCCCUAUGGGCCAAAUGAGAGGCAUGGGCCCAGUCUGAUUGGACCCACAGACCAGCCCCAUGUCCUGGAGUUAGUGCACAGGGCUGGAUCAGUGCAGGUAGCUCAUGCAACAUGCAUGCUGGCCCAGGGCUUUUUCAUGGAGGCAGCGCAGGGCACAAGGUGUCUGUGCCAGACUGGUCCUGCACAUCAGCUCUGGUGCAUAGGACCAGUCUAUGGGCCCAAUACAGAUUGGCUCCAGAGCCAGUACGCAAGGUUUGUCUGAGACCCCAGACCAGAUCCUAGGGUUCCAUGGCCUGGAUCCAGCCUGCAGACUGUGGCUUUGACAGCCUGGAUUUUGCAGUCCUUUUUUAUGCAUAUGUUUGUUUCUAAAAUUAGCUUCUGCACUGAUUUCUUUGUUUUCCCCUUGCAUUUGUUACAUUGAUUUCAUUUGCUCUGAAGCAAAUUUACUCUUAGACAUUGUAAUGACUAUGUCAUUGUUGGGUAUAUUUAACACUUUAGAAACCACCAAAAUGUAGAAGUCAUGUAGAGCUGGUGUGAAAUGAAUGAUUGCACAAAGCAAUGAGAGAACUCAUUCAAGGUAUACUUUGCACUGUUUUGCCUAAGUCUUACUCUAUUUUUUUUUAAUUGGGUAAGCCAGGCUAGAGGCUUCACAAGUGGCUGUAUAUUGUGGCUACUGCGAAACACUUUAUCAGCACAGACUGCAUGACUUUGAAUAACAAAGACUAUGUUGGACCACCUUCCCCCACUGCUUACAGCUUUGUGCUGCCCGAACAAGAAAGGUGAAAGCAUGCUUGGGAGGUACUCUUGGGAUGCAUGAAGGUAGCAUAGCAGUUUCUGUUCUACUCCCCACACUUCCUUGUGGUAGAGAUGGAAUGGCCCCAGUGUACUUGUACUAUGGCAGGGAUGUUGAAGCUAGGGUGUUCAGAGCCCCAUUGUUGGCCCUCAGUGCUGCCCAUGGGUCCAGCCCUCAAUGCAGCAUGUAUUGGCUCCAACCUUGUGUGUUGCAUGUAGCAUGGAAUAAAUAUGGUGCAGGGCCUGGAGCCAGCCUGCUAGACCAGUCCGAGGCAUGUGCUGCAUGUGGCAUCCACCCCAGACAGGCCCUGCUUGCUAGAUCUAGGGCCAGUCAGGACACAGGUGCCCUGCAUGUUGUACAGUGGAGUCGCAUCGUACGCGCAUUUAACUUACGCGAUUUCAUCAUGCGCGUAUGCCCUGGAAUGCCAGUUGUUUGGAUUUAGCCUGCAGUUGCCCCCCGCAGUGCUGUGCAUGGGGCCAGCAGCCCUGCUGGGAAGCUGUGCACGCUGGCCAGGCAGGAAUUUGGUGCAGGCCAGCUGAUUUUCAAGGGUAAUUUUGAUUAUACAUGAUUUUCGCCUUACA